GGAGGAGGAGGAGGAGGUGGAGGAGGGCGAAGGCUCGGUCCCUCGGGGGGAGAGGCCUCAGGUCAACGGGUAACUCGCUGGAGGCUUUCGUCCGAACGCUUCCAAGCUCUCCGGCCCAAUGAGCGGGGCAUUUCGCCGGGGAUCGGACCGGAGUCGGCCCAGGAUUAAGCCGGAUAGUGCGGGGCCAAGCUUGCCCAGCGGGAUUCUGCGAUCCUGCCGGAUCAGGUCAGCAUCCGACCACGGGUAUAUGUAGCAGCGGCGACGCUGAAUUUACCCUCCGAGGAGUUGCAUCCUCACCUGGGAACGCGACUCUCGUACACCACCCCCGCAGACCACAAACAAACUGGUCUGGCACAAGACUGUAGAGGGGCGGUGGUGUACAACAUUGGCGUACAAUUGGUACCCCCUGGGGGCACGACUUCCGUACACCAGCCCGACGAACAAGCUGACGGGGGCAAAGUGUACGCGGGCGGUGGCGAUGGCCACACAUCGGCCCCCGAUAACUAACCUUGCCACAGGGCUAACUCAGAGCAGCGCGGCCCCCGUGGCGGAAGGGCGAAGCUGUUGCCCAUGCUCGUGGCCAGCAUGGCGAGCAGCGUGAACUCCGAGCGCUGCUCCCUGGGAAGCGCCAGCCUCCCGAGGAAACCUCCCAGCGCCAGGCCGACCAGGACGCGCGGGAGCGACGCGACAGGCACCACCCAGAGCUCUCGCAGGCUGCGCGGGGACAGCUCCCUGACCAUGGUGUGGAAGCACAGCGCCGGCGUGAGCACGUCUGCGUUCAGGCGCGACGUCAGUCGCCAGAAGAUGGGAUCGACAGUGCGCCAUCGCGCCCACAGAGCCCCAGCCAGGCACAGCAUCAGCGUGCCGCCGACGCUGGCGGCGGAGGCCACCACGCUGUCCAAUAUCGUCAUUACCGGGGCAGUGAUAUCCCGAGUCGAAUUCUAACAACAGCUCCGCCCUCAACUACGACAUUGCCGCGAGAGAAAGAGAGAGGCCAGAGAGGAGACGAGUAAGACCAUUCAGACACCUCUCUGCCUCGAACCCAAAAUAGCGAAUCCGCGAAUCGACGGCAAACGAAGCCAUCCCCGCUGCCUGGCGCACACAGGUAACAGGGGGGCGGCUCGCGGGCAAACAAAC